GUGAUCUUCUAGCCGGAAGAGGAGGGAUUCUCCGGCAGCGGCAAAUAGCGAAGAAUUGCAACAGUCUUCAUGCUGCCCGCGGACUGCUCGAGCCGGCUGGUGGCCGAGCUGCGGGAUGCCCUGGAUUCCUGCGCCCAGCGACAGCGGCAGCUGGAACGGAGCCUGCGAAUCUCCCGGCGGCUGCUUAGAGCCUGGGAACCAGCCGAGACCCCAGUUCCGGAGCCAACCCCAGGGCCAGAAACUGAUGAAGAGGUUCCGUCUUCAGCUUUCACAGCAUGCUCACCCAGUCCCCAAGACCUCAAAGAGCUGGAGCUUCUGACCCAGGUGCUGGAGAAGGCUGUACGGGUGCGAAAAGGCAUCUCAAAAGCUGGAGGAGACAAGGCCCCCACUGUGAAGUCUGAGUCCACUGCCGCUUCCCCUGCCACCAGAGCCUCCACCCGACUCCGGGCCUCAGACUGGACUGGCAGCCAUGCAUCAGAAACAAAACCCCCCAGGGGCAUCCGUCAAACCAGGGUGCCUGCCAAGGACCUCUCUGAGCACAGGCUUGUCUCAGUGGAGGAUCCAGCCUGCAUAGGGCGAGGGGCCCGAGCUGCCAAGCUGGAACCAAGCCGCAGGAGCCAACAAACAGUCCCAAUGGCUGCUCCUCAGGCCCGAGAAGUUUUUACACUCAAGGAUAAGGGGAUCCUGCUGCAGCUGCCCGUGGCCUUCAGGAAAGCAGCUUCCCAGAACUCCCGCCUGUGGGCCCAGCUCAGCUCUACACAUACCAGUGAUUCUGGGGAUGCUGCUACUACUGCUAAAAACCAUUUCCUCCAGAAAAUGCAGACAACCUCAGGCUGGCCCAGCUCUAGGCUCAGUCCCGCAGAGGUGGAGGCGGAGGUAGGGCGCCUGCAGAAGGCCUGCUCGCUUCUAAGACUUCGAAUGGGGGAAGAACUCACUGCAGACCCCAAGGACUGGAUGCAGGAGUACCGCUGCCUGCUCACCCUGGAGGGGCUGCAGGCCCUGGCGGGGCAGUGUCUCCACAGGCUGCAGGAGCUGCGUACAGCAGUGGUGGAACAGCAGCUGGAGCCAUGGCCUGAGGGGAGACUCCCUAGGGCCUCAUCACCCUGUGGAGGAGGAGCAGACACUAUCCGGAGCCCCCCAUUGCUUCUCUACUCCAGUACCCAGGAGCUGCAGACCCUGGCAGCCCUUAGGCUGCGGGUGGCCAUGCUGAACCAGCAGAUUCACCUGGAAAAGGUCCUGAUGGCUGAACUCCUCCCCCUGGUGAGGGAGCAGGAGCCCCUGGGGCCGCCCUGGCUGGCACUGUGCCGGGCUGUGCACAGCCUACUCUGCGAGGGGGGCGAGCGCUUCCUCACCAUCCUCCGAGAAGAUGAGCCUGCUGACUGAGCCCUUCCCAUAGCCAGGUGGCCAGGCCCGUCCCUCAGCUCCCAGAGCCCUGCAGCAAAGGCAAGCUGAUUCUGCCCCCGACCCUGUCUGCUGGGGAGAGCCCCUCUUCCCUAGUCAGAGUUAAGUGAAUGGGGAUUAAGGGGGUUUUCACUAGUGUAGUGAGCAAGGGGCCCAGAGGUGUCCAUGCCCCCUUGGAAAAGCAGGCUUCUGAGGGUUCAGGGACUACAGCCUGGCUCUUCCUGAGGGGCACAGGGCCUUUGUCAGCUGCUAAACCUGCUGAUCAGGGCUCGGCUGGGCUCGGCUGGACUCAGCUGGGCCUUCCACAGGCUCAGGAGAACAGAGGCUCGUGCGGGCUUUUCUUAGCUACCUCUGUUUUCUCUUGCUUUGCACUUAAAAGCCACUUGUGUGACAUUAAAACUACAUUAGGAAGUAUAUAUAUAUUUAAAUCAUACCAAGGUUGGAUUUGGUGUUUGUUGUUUUCUUCCUUUUGUUUUUUUUGUUUGUUUGUUUUUUUUUACUUACUGAGAAUUUAUGAAGCGUAUUUACCAAGAACAGGCAUAUUCCUUCUGUAGUGAAAGGAGGGGGCAAGGCCACUCAAGGUGGGCCGCACUGGGGACUCACUUCAUGCACUGGCCCUGGCACACCUGAAACCCCUCCCCACAAGUUCCUAGAUUUGUACUGGGCACAAAAAAGCCACAAGCCUCUAUCAUAGUGGGCAGCCAUGUCUCCUGGUGCCUGUGCCCACUACCACCUCCUGUGCUGUGCCGUUGCUAGUGGCUGGUGUGGGCCUUCCGCACUGAGCCACCUCCAGGGAAAGGGCCCAUCACCUCCUUUGCUCCAUUAUUACCUCUGAGGCUCCCACCUACCCUGCUGAAGGAAUCAUUGUUUCCUAGAAGGCAAGAAAGUGUAGAGGUCAAAGUCAGAUCGUGGGUUGACAUUAUAACUUGUCUGCUGCUGUGGGACUUUCAGCAAGAUUCUCAAUGAUUUUGAGCCUCAGUCCCCAUUGUCAUACUGGGACAGUGGUUAUUACCACUGGGGCUGGGGUGAAGAUGAAUCAAGAUGAUGUUAGAUGCUUCACAGCUCUGGGCCUUGAUGGGGGCUGGGAGGCAUUGGUGUAACUAACAUGAAUCUACUGAGCACCCGUGUGGGCCAAGCACAACCUGCAGAGCUGGCGCACUAGCCCUUUGUGUGAACAUUGAUGUGCAAGACCAAGUAACACCCGCUUCCUCCCUGAGAGACUCAGGCCCUGGAGGCAGCUCAUUCCUGAGAAGGCCCAGUCUUAUGAGAGCCUGAUGAAGUGUUCGAGAUAUGGGGGAAUGAACUGGGUGAUGCUGAAGUAGCCUCGGGGUGGCCCCAUCCUGCAGGAGGCCCUAGUUGUAAAAGUCAGCAGGCCAGAAACCUUGAACAUGGAGUCCUAGGUCUUUUGGGCUGCUGGGGACCAGAUGACAGACCAAAGUAGGAAAUAAAAAACCAGGGCAUUCAUUGCACUGAGGGGCUUCUGGGGAGUGGAACUCCAGGGUAGGGGGAGCAAGAGAGGGAGGUUACCUGGGGGACAAGCACCUCUUUCUGGCCACUCCAUUGCUGCCUCCAGAGCUUAUGCUCAGCUGCGGGGAUCUGGAGGAACCCUUAAUCUCCAGGGCAAAUCCCACCACCACCCUGUUACUAGCCACCCCAGAAUCAGUUUCCACAGCAGGUGGUCUCCAUGACAGUCAUUUCCUCCGCUAAUUCACUUGGUUUAUUUUGUAUCUUCUCUAUUGGGCAGGGAUGCUGUCCACCUCCAUCCCUAGCUAGGCCCAGCUGGGUGCCCAGAAAUUGUUGACUCAAUGACCCACCCAUCUGAGGCCAGUCCUGGGCACUGGUGGUGUCCUGCGGUCUGCUGUGAGCACCUGGGCCUUCAAGGGCAGGGAGGCGCUGCGGAUAGCACGAGGGGAGAGGCCUGGGGAGGCCUCGGCACAGGGCACCCAGGGCAGGAAAGGGAGACCCUCACCUCUGGAUUAGCGCCCGCCCACACGAUGCCAGGAGACAGCGGCGAACUCCUCCCACUGCCGUCACCGCAUACCGUCCAAUCCACUCUGACGUGGCGGGCAAGCUGGGGCUGCAGGGGCGCCCACACCCACCCCGAGCGCAGCCCCCGCGUCGGAGGCAUGAGCUCGCACGAGCCCCCACCCGCGGCCCCUGCCGAGCCCCCGGGGGUCUACGCGCGCUGCUCUUGGCCACCGGCGGCGCGGGGGGCUCGUGGCCCCGCUGCGUCCUGCCCUUGGCGCCGUGGCUCUCCUUGCUGGCGCCUCUGCCACGGCCAUCACCUUCUCGCUGCGCGGACCCCGCCUGGACCUGGCCCAGAGCGCGUCGCUGGCCGCACUCGGCGCGGGCCUCGGGCUCCUGGCCGCCGCCUUCCUGUGCUGGCGCGCUCGGCGGCGGCGGAGGGCCAUGCGCGGGGGGCGGCAGGAGCCGGGGACGCCCUGAGCCCGCGCGCCAAUCCCUCUGCCCUGCGAGGUCACGGCGAGCCGGCGCCUCCUCCCUUCGGACCUCGCCCCAGCCGGCUGGCGCAGUGCGUGCGGCUCGCGGGUCCUGGAAACCUCCCCAGACCCUGUCCCCAAACUGUAUCGUUCUGAACCGUUAGAAGGCCUGAGCUUUAGUGGGCUACGAGUCAUUUCCCUCCCCUCCCCAGACUCGGCUCUCCCCUUCUCGCGCCCCUCCUCCGCCCAGUGUUGCUUUUCGGCGUUUCGCUUGGCGCGCAGAGCGGGGCUGGCGGCAGUAUGCGCGGCACAGGGGCCCUGCCGGGUGUGCAGGGUGCGGGGCGGCAGCUGGCCGGGGACUUGACGUGGCCACCUUCCUCGGGACGAGGCGCCCUUCCCGAGCUGUGUCUUACCCGCUGGGGUGGAAGCCUCUCGAGGCAUAAUAGGCACUCAAUAAAUGUUUGUGCUUUAUGUGAA